ACACUGCUCUUCUCUCUCUCUCUCUCUCUCUCUCACACACAUUUAUUUUCAUUUUCACUCUUCUUCUCUGUUCUCUCUACUCUCUAUGCCUAGCUAGGGUUUCUCUUUCUCUCGGCUUCUGCUUCCCAUUCAUCUUCUUAUCAACUUAACUCCUCAGUUAAAUGUAGGUGAUACGGUGCCUUGUCGGUGGAGCUAGUCUCUGUAAAUGCUCAAUGCCAUCCUAGUUUCCUUCUAAAGUAAGGUGGUAAAAAAUGGAGUUUUUGAAAAUCAAGAAGUUCAGAAAAUCUCAUAAGGCAGAUGGAGACAAGGAUUUGGCAGACAAGGCAGCCCCAGAGCCUGAGGAGCCAAAGCUGAACACAGAUGGUUCUGAUCAGUGUAAAUCAGAAAAUGCAGAUUCUGCAGGUGAAGCUGAGGAUGACGAUGAUUUUAUUACCAAUGAGGUAAAGAGGAGGCUGAAAGAACUGAGAAGAAACAGUUUUAUGGUGUUGAUUCCUGAAGAAGAUUCCUGCCCAGAGGAUGGGGAGGACGAAGAGGAAGAGGGAGAGACAAGCUCAAAUGAAUGGAGGGAUGUGGAGGCAGAAGGUCAGCAAUGGUGGCGUGGUUUUGAUGCUGUGUUUGAAAAGUACUGUGAAAGAAUGUUAUUCUUUGAUCGGAUGAGCACUCAACAGCUUAGUGAAGUUGGCAAAGGUUUACGGCACACUUCAACACCAUCUCCAAGAUCUGCAUCAAAGAAGCUAGCUUCUCCCCUUCGUUGUCUUUCCUUGAAAAAAUUUGAAGGACCUGAUGAUGAGACCGAACAUCUUCAACAGCCUGAGAAUGACCCCUACCAUGAUAUUGAAACAGCAUAUGUCGGUCAAAUUUGCUUGACAUGGGAGGCACUUCAUUGUCAGUACUCUCAUAUGAGUCAGAAGAUAUCAUGGCAACAUGAUAAUCCUACCUGUUACAACCACAGUGUGCAAGAGUUUCAACAGUUCCUGGUUCUAUUACAAAGGUUUAUUGAAAAUGAACCUUUUGAGCAGGGUCAUCGAGCAGAAAUUUAUGCUCGCACAAGAAACAAUUUGCCUAAAUUGCUUCAGGUUCCUAAUAUACGAGGUUCAGAUCAUGUAUUGACUGAUGAUUCAGAGACGAAAGUUCUUGCUCCUGAUCUUAUCAGGAUAAUUGAAAGCUCUAUCCUUACUUUCCACCUUUUCCUGAAAAGAGACAAGAAAAAAUCAAGUGGUGCUACCAACCUGUUUGGAAAUCAGAACCAGCUUGCAACUCCUUUACAACAGAUUCAUUCUACUCUUGAAAAGAAAGUGGUGAAGCUGAAGGAACUGCGCCGAAAGAAAAAAGGUUGGAAGAAGAAUUCUUGGCCCCAAAAGCAUGAGGACAUUCAGCUUUUGCUUGGCCUUAUUGACUUGAAGAUUCUAUCAAGGGUUCUGAGAAUGACGAGGAUGACUAGAGAACAACUUUUUUGGUGUGAAGAAAAGAUAAAAAAACUGGAUUUAUCAAAUAAUAGGUUAGAGAGGGAUCCAUGUCCUGUCCUGUUCCCUUGCUAGUAUCAGUGGUGUAUAUCUGAUAAAUAGCUGCUAGAGUUCUUUUUCCUUGGAUUGCAAAUACAACGGCUGGUUUUGAAGAUGUCACCAAAUGGGUUUAGAAGAAUGUCUUAGGAAGAAUUCUGGAUACUGUAUGACAAUGAGAGCAAGAAUGGUUUUAUGUUAUCUAAAAUGUAUUCUUGUUCUGUCAAAAUUGUGAGUUUCCAAGUUGUUGUGUAACUCCCAAUAUAACAGUUGUCAAGGAUUAUUCUUGUUGGUUCGUAAAUUCGAUUUAAUGUUUACAAGAAUGCA